UCUCUCUCUCUCUCUCUCUCGUGCUUGUCCUCUUAAAAGCAAAGAAGGAAAGCAUCUCAUCCUCUAAACACAUCUCCCCAUUGGCUUUUGCAUUUCCUUGCGAGUGUUAUUCCUUUUCUUGGCUUGUAAUUCAGCACCCCUCGCUCUCUUUUCCUUUUUUUUUUUUUAAAUCUUUUUUGUAUUCAAUAUUUUAUUAUAUAUUAUGAUCAAAUCAUCUUGUGGGCAUUUUAUCUUUAUGAGCAAGAACAUGACUAAAGUUUGGAAUCUCUCUCCCUUUGCUUCGUCAUGUCUUAAAAUCAGAUGACUCGGAUUUCAAAAAAUCGAAGUUUUGUCAUCUCCAAACUCCAUCUUCCAUUCUUGUUUCUGGAUAUAUGUAUGUAUGUUUCAACAGAAACACACACAUGAAUCUGUCUUUGUUUCCCCUUUCGUAAAUGUAUCUUCUUGUUCAUUAUGGGCUUCAAUUUAUUUAAUUAAUUUGUUUUUUUCCGCAAUAUCUGUAACAAGUUCAUCGAUCCUCUCCCCCAUUACAAAACCCUGAAUCUACUUUUCCACUGAAACUCUUGUCUGAAAGCUCCCAUAUUUUUUUUUUGAAACCAAGAUUUGUUUAUCUCCAAGAGAAGGUUUUCCUUCGAGCGCUUUUUGUUGAAACAAUGAGUUCUUCGUCAUCAUAUACAGAAUCGAAAGAUUCAUGGCACCCUGCUGUGACGGCCGACACGACGAGUUCAAGCUACUGGUUCAACUGGAGGGUCUUGAUAUGCUUCAUAUGGAUGGUCAUAGCUAUGAUUUCGACGGCGUUUCUGAUAUUCAAAUACGAAGGUUUUCGCAAGAAACGCGGCCAUGGAGGAGAGAAGGAAUGGGGAGGCAAUGUCUACGAAGACGAGACUUGGAAGCCAUGCCUCCGUGGGAUUCACCCUGCCUGGCUUCUCGCUUACCGCUUCGUCGCCUUCUUUGUUCUUCUUGUGAUGUUGAUCGUCAUUGGCCUCGUCGAUGGUCCCACCAUCUUCUACUACUAUACCCAGUGGACAUUUACUUUGAUUACUCUCUACUUCGGGCUUGGGUCGCUUCUCUCGCUUCACGGUUGUUACCAGUACAACAAAAGAGCAGCUGGUGAACGAGUCGGUAAUGUGGAGAUAGAUUCUGAGCAUGGAAUAAGAUCCAAGAAACCCGAUACCCUUCAGGAGAUUCAUGACAGGAAACCUGCAGGCCUGUGGGGUUACAUCUUCCAGAUAGUUUUCCAGAUGAAUGCAGGUGCAGUUCUCCUCACUGACUGCGUCUUCUGGUUCAUCAUCGUUCCCUUUCUCGAGAUCCAUGAUUACAGCCUCAAUGUUCUGGUGAUCAGUAUGCACUCUCUCAACGCCAUAUUCUUGCUAGGUGACACGGCAUUGAAUUCUCUGGAUUGCUUACUUCUUCCUCUGGACAGUAGCUUAUGUCAUGUUCCAAUGGAUUCUUCACUCCUUAGUCCAUAUCUGGUGGCCUUACCCCUUCCUGGAUUUAGCAUCUCACUAUUCUCCGCUCUGGUAAGUCUACAUUGCUUACCCGGGAAGGGCAGACGGAUGGUAUAUGAAAUCCGAGAAGUACUUAUCAGUUGCAGUGAUGCAUUUCCCAUGCUACGGAGCAUUUGCCUUGUUGGUGAAGCUGAAACACCGGCUUCUUCAGAGAUGGUUCUCCGAGUCUUACCAGAUUCCGAGAUCUUCGAUUUCUACAUUGAAUUGCACCGACGAGGGAUAUCGAAUAUGGAAAGUAUUACUUUGGGAUUAUUAAUCCCAAGGCCGAGGAGGAUGCUAAGAUCAGUGAUCACGGUUCCGGAGUGGAAAUGCAAGCAACAGGGAUCUCUUUUCAUGGAAUUAAAGUAUGAGGAUGUUUUGCAAAUUUAUAAUACGUGGGGGUGAAAGAUGCAAUUAACUCAAAGUUAGCUCAUUCAGAUUCGUUUUAAAGAGAGAGGCGAUGAGUUCACAGUUCCACGGAAUGGACGCGACUUUUGCUUUUGCAAAGCUGAUCCUCCUUUUUCUUUUUUCUUUUUCUGGUAGGUUAAAA